GCCCGCAGUUCGUGACCUCAUCCGAGAGUACCACGCCGUUUUCCCAUCGUCGUUAUCGUACGCCGGCAUCCCACCGAUGCAUGACGCUGAGCACUCCAUUCAGCCCGUGCCUGACUAUCGUGUUCACCACCAGGCACCCUACAGGCUCUCGAUCCCCGAGGCCACCAAACUCAAGCGUAAGCUCGAGGAGCUCCUGAGACUGGGUUUCAUUAAACCCAGCAACUCCCCUUGGGGUGCACCCGUCCUCUUUGCUCGCAAAGCAGACGGAACUCUCCGUCUCUGCAUCGAUUAUCGCGGUCUCAACCGCUACACGGUUAAGAAUAGCUACCCCAUGCCUCGUUCCGAUGAGCUGUUCGACCGCCUAGCAGGCAACCGCUUCGUUACGAAGAUUGAUCUUCGUAGCGGUUACCAUCAGAUCCGCGUCGCUGCAGCCGACCAGCCGAAGACAGCGUUCCGAUCGCGCUUCGGCCACUACGAGUUUACAGUGAUGUCAUUUGGCCUCACCAAUGCACCCGCUACCUUUCAGAGGGCGAUGAACGACAUCUUCAGGGACAUCCUGGAACAGUACGUUCUCGUCUACCUCGAUGACAUCCUGGUCUACAGUCAAACCCUUGAGGAGCACCUCAAACACUUCCGCGACGUCCUUGACCGCUUGCGCAGACAUGGCUUCUACGCCAAGCUGAGCAAGUGCCGCUUUGCCCAGCACAGAAUGGAUUUCUUAGGACACUACGUGUCUGACCAGGGUCUCCACAUGGACGACGCGAAGAUCACUGCUAUUGCGGAGUGGCCCGCUCCCACAUCCGCCAAGCAGCUUCGCAGCUUCCUAGGCCUGACCAGCUACUAUAGUAACUUCAUCCGGGGGUACGCUAGACCGUCUGAGCGUUCCGCUGGACGACCAUACGAGCGCCCUCCACCCAUCACGGUGGACGGUCACGAGGAGUUCCUCGUUUCAGACAUCAUUGGUCGCCGAGUCACCGACGACAACCCUCCCCACGUCGAGUAUCUCGUACGUUGGAAGGGUUACCCUGAUGAGGAGGCUACUUGGGAGCCCCUCGAGCACUUGCAGCACGCUCGCAUGUUGGUGCGUGCCUAUGACCGUGCUCGUCGUGCUGGGUUCACUGCUCCUCCUCAGCCCACUGACCCUCCUCCUUCUCCUCCGGCUGAGGAGACCGCUGAAGUCGAGCCUGCUCCAUCUGAGGCGGACCUUCAGCAGCAGCCGGAUGCUUCUGAGCGUCAACAGCGCACUCGUCGUCGUCCUGCUCGAUACAACGAUUGACUCUGACUUACCUUCCCACGUUUUUGACUUCUCAGUACUCCAUCCACAUCAGUUGUGCUACUUCAG